AUGUCGGAGGCACGGCAAUACGCAAUAGACGCCGCUCGUGCGACGACCGAGUUCGGAUCUAAGCAGUUCCAUGAUAAAAUCGAUCAACAAAAACACAAGACACAUCAAAAUGAAUCCCAUCACGAUGCGGGUCCCUCUGGCUCUGGCUCUAGGUUCAUCCUACCUCUCCGGGAAGCCAAAGUUGCCGACGUCGAAGUCAAACCAAACGAUCACAAGAAGAGCAGAGGCUUCUUCAAACUCAGACACAAGGUCUCACGACUUCACUCCAAGCCGGUACAACCAACUGUGGAACACAUCGAACCUGUGCGAUCCUCAGUGGAAUCUACAAGGAGAAGUACACCUCUCGAUCAAUUAGUCGCAAGUCUUCCCGCCGAGCUGCAGAUACAGGUCAUUUCAGAAUUAUCCUUGCCCGAUGUACUGAAUCUGCGGUCAACAUCGAAACUAUGGCACGCCCUCAUCACAGUGAACGAGACAGCGAUAGUACGACAUCAUCUUAAACAUAGCAUUCCCGCCUAUGCCCAACGGUUAUUCCCCGCCACGAAACCCGAGGACUUCAAUUUCCACUAUCUGUGCGGCCUCUGGCACCGGUUGCACGUCGCAGCGAAGUUGGCUUAUUUGUUGUGUGAAUGGGUAACCAAGGACAUUUUUUUGCGGCAAACGGACGCUGAUCGCCUGGCCUUCGCUCCACAACGCGAACGUAUGCGUCGUCGACUGAUACCUCUCUUGUUCACGGUCUUCCACUUCUUCGAGACAUAUCGCAAACUGCACCUUGAGUAUCUAGAGAAAUAUGGACACCAGGGCUUAAAACGAGAGCCUUACACAUUGAAUCCUAUUGAGAAGCAAAUCAUGGACAUGUACGACGACCAAACAUUAUUACGAGUUCACGAAGUCUUCCCUCUAGUUAUCGCCUCCUUCUGUCGCCGCUUGCGUCCCCCAACGUAUGUAGGACGAGUUGAGCGAUCGCUGAGAGGUUAUCUUCGUGAGAAGCCUUCGGACGACGUCCAUGUUGCCAUUUUAUGCCUAGGAGGAUUGCGACAGGUUGAACAUCUCUGGGAGAUCAAAGGUUAUAACACUAGGAGGGCAGCGGUUGACACUUGGUUCAACAGCCUGACCAAGGACGCAUCGCCCGAGCACACUACAACCAAGACAAAGAGGAGUUUGAUGAGCUUUGGCCGGAAGAAGUCGACCAGUGGAGCUGAUCGAGAACAACAUCACCACUACCCCAGCCGUGACCAACGCUCAUCAUUUAGUAGCCUCCAUCGAACCAAGAGUUCAACUGGAUCGAUAGGCGGGAAUGAUCCUGGCGCCGACCCUCAUUGGAUCUUCAACACGAGCUUGUCCCAUGGUAUCCCUAUGGGGGCUUUGGACCAUGACCAGGCGCAAUUACUCCUUAAUGACUUACCAGUCUUGCAAGAAAUUUGGACAAGGACAGCUGAGUCUUUGAUCCUCAAACGCGGUAUCGUUGGUCGAGCCCAGGAUAUCAGGAGAAAUCAACAACUCAUGCUUGAUCUAAUCAAGGAGGAUGGGCUUGAUGAGGAAGACGAAUGGUGCUAUGGUCGUCAUGUGUCUCCCUCCAUGCGACAGCAACACGGCACCCCGGACGAUGAGGCCGACUAA